AUGGCGCCCAUCGACAACAAAAUAGACCACGAUGCCGUUGAGCAGCAGCUCAAGGACAUUAUCCAGGACCUGUACCAGAUCAUGGUGCAGGUCUCCACGUACGACUCGAUGGGCCGUCCCAGCAAAGACGUCCUGUCCAACGAAGUGAAAACACUGUCCCGCUCCCUCCAGACGCUGCACACGACCGCCUCGCCGCCCAACCUGCUGCCCUCGGUGCCGCCCGAGCUGCUCGAGUACGUCGAAAACGGGCGCAACCCCGACAUCUACACGCGCGAGUUUGUCGAGCUCGUCCGCCGCGGCAACCAGCUCAUGAGCGGCAAGAUGCAGGCCUUUGGGUCCUUUCGCGACGUGCUCGCCCACAACAUGACCACGGCCAUGCCCGAGCUGCGCGACGACGUCGCCCGCGUCAUCGAGGCCACGGGCGGCACCCGCGCCGCCGCCGCCACGGCCAACGGAACCACUGCUGCUGCUGCUGCGGCGGCGGCGGCGGCGACGCCCACGGCCAACACGACACCGGCGGCAGCGGCGAGCAACGGUGCUGGGGCUGCGGCUCCUGGAGGAGGGGACGCGGCGCCGCCGGCUUCGGGCUAG